GCGAACGAGAAAAGUAUUCACGGAAAAAAGUAGCAUGGAGGUUUGCGGCACUCUGUAGUGAGAGACAGAGCCGGAGGAAGAAUUUUCAAUCGGGAUUUUUUUCCGCGAAAAUCUUGGGAUCCUCCGCGAUUUUGGUGCGAGUGCUGGGCCGAGUCGGUGUGCCUUGAGCUGCAUUUCCGUCUCGUUCGGCCGCCCCGACUCACAACAAACAGACUGGAACAACUGCAGUAAAAAUGGAGGCCAUCUUGCAGUUGACGUGAUCUGUCAGCCGCUCUGUUUUCUCUUUACCGCUUUUCCUGCUGCUGCCAGUGCCUGCCUUUUGUGACGACCGUGUUCUGAACGCCCGCCGAAACCAUGUCCGGCGAACGCGAAGUGCCGGCCGAGGACAGUAUCAAAGUGGUGUGCCGCUUCAGGCCCCUCAACGACUCCGAGGAGAAGGCAGGCUCCAAGUUCAUCGUCAAGUUUCCCUCGGGAAACGAGGAAAAUUGCAUUAAUAUAGCCGGCAAAGUGUACCUUUUCGACAAAGUCUUCAAGCCGAACGCGACGCAGGAAAAGGUUUACAAUGAGGCUGCGAAGACGAUCGUGUCCGACGUGCUGUGCGGCUACAACGGCACCAUCUUUGCCUACGGACAGACGUCGUCCGGAAAAACCCACACCAUGGAGGGUGUGCUCGGUGACUCGGGCAAACAGGGCAUCAUACCCAGAAUUGUCAAUGACAUAUUCAACCACAUCUAUGGAAUGGAGGAGAACCUCGAGUUCCACAUUAAAGUUUCCUAUUUUGAAAUCUACAUGGACAAAAUUAGAGACUUGCUUGACGUGUCAAAAGUAAAUCUGAGUGUGCAUGAGGACAAAAACAGGGUGCCCUUUGUAAAAGGAGCGACCGAGAGAUUCGUGUCAAGUCCGGAGGAAGUGUUCGAGACAAUUGAGGAGGGCAAAUCUAAUCGCCACAUAGCAGUUACCAAUAUGAACGAACACAGUUCUCGCAGUCACAGCGUCUUCCUGAUCAACGUGAAACAGGAGAAUUUGGAGAAUCAGAAGAAGUUGUCUGGCAAACUUUACUUGGUAGAUUUGGCUGGUAGUGAGAAGGUGAGCAAGACUGGUGCUGAGGGAACUGUCUUGGACGAGGCUAAGAACAUCAAUAAGUCUCUGUCUGCCCUCGGAAAUGUGAUUUCUGCAUUGGCUGACGGCAAUAAAACUCACAUACCUUAUCGAGACUCCAAACUGACGCGUAUCCUGCAAGAGUCGCUGGGCGGCAACGCGAGGACUACAAUUAUCAUCUGCUGCUCACCGGCCUCUUUUAACGAGUCGGAAACUAAAUCUACUUUGGACUUUGGCAAGCGGGCCAAGACAAUUAAGAAUGUUGUUUGUGUCAAUGAGGAACUUACUGCCGAGGAAUGGAAGAGGCGAUACGAAAAGGAAAAGGAAAAGUCUGCACGACUCAAGGGAAAGUUGGAGAAGCUCGAAGAAGAGCUUAGCAAGUGGCGCAACGGAGAAACUGUCAAGCCAGAAGAGCAGGUGAACCUGCGGGAAGACUACGGAGCAACCACCCCGGUGGCUGCCAUGACUGAAUCAGAAAUCGUACUGGAGAAAAACAAACCUGGAGGUCCUCUGCCUGCCAUGCCCGGUGGCCUCAUGGUUGGCUCGAUCUCAAACGAGGAUCGCCAGAAAAUUGAGAGCGAGCGUGAACGUCUGUACCUGCAGCUUGAUGAGAAGGACGAGGAGAUCAACCAGCACACACAGAUGAUUGAAAAGCUCAAGGACCAAAUCAUGGAGCAGGAGGAGCUGAUCGCCUCCACCCGCAGAGAUUACGAACUGGUCCAGCACGAGAUGAACCGCAUCCAGCAGGAGAACGAGAGUGCCAAAGAGGAGGUCAAGGAGGUUCUGCAGGCGCUCGAGGAGCUGGCUGUCAACUACGACCAAAAGUCUCUGGAAGUUGAAACUAAGAACAAGGAGUACGAGACUCUGAACGAGGAACUCAUCCAGAAACAGUCUCAACUGAACAAUACGUCUACUGAGCUGCAACAGCUGAAGGACAUGUCCACUCACCAGAGACGUCGCAUUACAGAGAUGCUGACCAAUUUGCUGAAGGACUUGGGCGAAAUUGGAUCAUCUAUUGGAGGAGAUGGUGGAGAUAUCAAGUUCUCCGCCGACACAAAUGGAAAGAUCGAAGAGGAGUUCACCGUCGCCCGUUUGUAUAUUUCCAAGAUGAAGUCUGAAAUCAAGAAUCUGGUGCAACGCUGUCAGAACCUUGAAAGCUGCCAAUCUGAAAGCAACAAGAAGGUGAAUGACUACGAGAAGGACCUGGGCGAGUGCCGUCUGCUCAUUUCGCAGCAUGAAGCCCGCAUGAAGUCCCUGCAAGAGUCGAUGCGCGAGGCCGACAACAAAAAGCGGCAGCUGGAGGAGGACAUUGACGCCCUGAGAGAGGAGUGCGCCAAAAUGAAGGCCGCCGAGCAGGUGCACCAGGUGAGCAAGCAAGAGAAGGCCGAAGAAAAGGCUGCGGCCAACCAGCUCCGUGAGGCUCUGGAGCAGCAGAUGGACCAGCUGAGGGACGUUCACCAAAGUCAAGUGGCCAAGUUGCGUGACGAGAUUGGCGAGAAGCAAGAAAUGAUCAAUGAGCUGAAGGAUCUCAACCAGAAGUACACCCUGGCUCAGCAACAAAUGCAGCAAGACUACGAGAAGCUGAAGCGAGAUGAAAAUGAGAAGAGUCAGAAACUGCAGGAGCUGCUGCUGACCAACGAGAGGCGUGAGCAGGCCCGCAAGGACCUCAAGGGUCUCGAAGACACUGUCGCUAAAGAGCUGCAGACCCUGCACAACCUGCGCAAACUUUUCGUCCAGGACUUGCAGGCCAGGAUCAAGAAGUCCGCCAACUCCGAAGACAAUGAGGAUGAUGGUGGAUCUCUUGCUCAGAAGCAGAAGAUCAGCUUCCUUGAAAACAAUCUUGAUCAGCUGACCAAGGUGCAUAAGCAACUUGUGCGUGACAAUGCUGACCUCCGCUGUGAGUUGCCUAAACUUGAGAAGAGGCUUAGGGCAACAAUGGAGAGAGUCAAGGCUCUUGAAGUUGCGCUGAAGGAGGCUAAGGAGGGCGCUAUGAAGGACAGGAAACGCUAUCAGUACGAGGUGGACCGCAUCAAGGAAGCAGUUCGCCAGAAGAACCUGGCUCGCCGAGGUCCCCAAGCACAAAUUGCCAAACCCAUCAGGCCUGGUCAACACCACACAGCGGCCCCGACUGGCCCCGUUGCCAUUCGGGCAGGUCCCGUGGGCGCCGGAGGCAACAACGUGAGCCGCAGCAUCAUUGUCGAUGACGAGCUGCGCAAGAAGAAGGCGGCCGCAGCUGGCAAUGGCGGCAACAAGGGCGAUUGGUAAAGCAAGCAAGAGACUGUGAGAGAGAAACCCAAACGAGACCCUCGCUUGGUUUGACUUUGGUUUCGGUUUUGAUAUGUACGGGCGUCAGGCGUAGUUACAAAAUUUUGUAUCCUUUGAUUUGCACCUUUUAAGUUUGGAAACGCCUGUCCAGUGGAGGGUCUACUACUUCAACCGAAAGGAGCUUCUUAAGGAUUCGUAAUUAAGUUAUUCUUUAGGAUGGUAAGGUGCACUUGUAGCGUAACUUUCCACUAUAGUGAGCACUCGGUAGGCCCUUUCGUUAUUGUUUCAUAUUGAAAUCACUGUUGAUUCCUAAAAAAAGAACGUAAAAACUCCAGUGCUUUACUCAUUUGGUGGUUAUUUUCAUCUUGAUUUCCUAAGGGUCUGCUAGGUACACUCAGUCGGGCGCCUGCGGCCCAGUUAGUCGUCAAGACCGCUGAAUUCUAGGGAGGCGCGCACCACAGAGUUUAUUUUUAAUGCAAUUUUUAAGAUUGGAAGGCCACUCGGUCCGCGAUGGGCGCCGUAGUUUAUCCUUCUGCAUUAUAAAAAUAACCCUCAUGCUUUUGGCUCUUUUCGAUCAAUAUUUCGGCUCACAUGCUUUCAAAAUUGAUUUUCAAAAUCAAGGUUGCUUACUGUAGCUUCACGACCAAAGAAAUUGAUGCGUCAAUGUAGUCAAAUCUGCUGUCAUGUAAAAAAAUUUAAAAAUAAAAAUAUUGCCACGGUCGUCAUGUGUAAAACUCGUCAUCUGCGAAAAAAAAAUGCUAAGCGCUUGUUUAGGAUUGAGGGACCAGUUCUCGUUUUGAAUUAAAAUUAUGAGAAUUAAAACGAAUGUUAAUUCUCUUAUUAUCAAAAAACUGACACCAAACUAACUUACUAUUGCAACACUAAUGUUUUCCUUGGCAAGAAUUGGUCCCUCAUCCUUAAACCCCCAGUUCAAAUUAAAGCAACUUGAGCUCGCCAGCUUCGCUUUCAUCACUUACGGAUAAAUUAAAAGAGCCUAAAUUCUGCUGAAUUCUCAAUUGGGUCACUUGUGAUAUGGUAUUUUAAAGAAAGAAGAUUCUGAAUUACAAGCGGGUGCCACCUGAACUUAGUGCAGGCUUGAUGUCAAAGGUCAAGCUGGGCAAUGCACUGUCCCCGGCGGCACCCUUGCAGUGCUUUUUUGUCUUAUACACGGUCAGUACAUUUACGACAACCAGCCGCAAACAACCAUUGUCUACUAAGGUGCAAUAAAUUUAAAGACAUGUGGCUUUUAAUUUAUUUACUACUCAAUCCCUGUUAGUUCCACAUGAAUUAGCAGCUAUUUUUGUUAUUGUCGUCUAAGUUAUUAAUUAUAUUCAAUUAAUCAUUUCUGAUAUGAGUUAUUUUUUUUGUGAUAAACACACUCACACGUGCGAGAAAGGAAUACUUCAAAGUCGAUUGCGAUUUUCACUGGUGAAGAAGUUUGAUUGUUUGUUUUUCCUGCUAGGAUGGAAUUCAGAUUAUAUUUUAUUGUUUUUCUGCAAUUAAUUUAUUAACAAGACAAAUAAUUAAUUUAAACCUUUAUAAGAAAAUAUAUAUGAUGAAUGUAGGAAAUUCAGUGUAGUGCAUUGCAUAAGUAUGUUUAAUUUCUGGCGCAGUUUUUUUCCUGUUUGAUCGUAUUAUUAUUCUUAUCAAGUGCAUUUGCAGUAAAGAACACAUCCACGGAAUACAAUAAUAAUAAUUAAUAUUACUCAUGGAAGUCAUGGACCUUUGAUUACGCUGAAAAUGAAUUUUGUUUACACAUCACAAAACUAAAUUAUGUUUUGAUGUUGAAUUGUAAAGAUGCCUUCUUUCAUGUGAAAAAUGAAUAAAUAUGCACAUUAAACCUAAAUUCUAAA